GGUUGGGUCGCUGUGUAUCUGUCCGCGUCAGUUUGAUUCGUACUCUAUUGAUUAAAAUCUUGCUUUAUGCACCGAAAUUUAAUAUAUAAAAAAUCUUGCAUUAUUGCAGUAUGAAAAGGAAUCGUUUAGAUACAAAGUAAAUUUUUCUGAUAUAAUAUAUCAAUUUCAAUGGGAAGUGAAGCGAAAACAUCAAAAGCGGAAGCGAUCAUUCAAAGCUUAAAUGUCGGCAAUGCAAAGAAACUUGCGUUUUUUAUGGUAAUAGGUUUUAUCAUUUAUCACGGUUUAUUACAUUUACGCUACGGGAGUGAUUCAUGCAAGUGGUUAUUGAGCGAUGGCAGAUUCAAAGGUAACAAGGAGUGGCAGCCUUUCGGAUGCAUGUUGCAUAAAUAUACCGAAACUGACACACGAAAAUGUUUCCGGUACCUUGCGUUUUGGGGAAAUCAGAAUCAUUUUGUUUUCAUAGGCGACGUUCGAAUCCGAACUCUGUAUUUGGAAAUGAUUAAUCAUCUCAAACCAAAAGAUGCUGAAAAUGCUUCUAUUCAAUCGGCACAGGGCAAAACGGAAAAUCUUCAGUUUGUUGAUUACAAAUUACGUCUGCAGAUCAACUACAUUUAUACGAAUGGAAUUUCGAAAACUAUGAUUGAUGAGUUCACCAAAUGGCAGCACGAAGAGGAUCCACCCAGUCUUAUCGUGGCGAGUUGUACGUAUUCGACGUUUUCGAACGGGAAUGUUACUAAAGAGUUGCAGAGAGCAUUUGAGAAAAAUUUGACAAAAAUGGUGAAACCUAUCGAUAAUUUGAUUGCCAAAAAGUCCAAAGUGAUUUGGAAGCUUCAGGAUCCGAUCGAUCACGAACGAAUCAACGAUGAGUGGAAAAACGUUCAAAACGAUGACAUCGACAAAAUCAAUCAAGUAGUUUAUGAUAUAUUGAGUUAUUCGGAUGCCAAAAUUUGGUCCUCUUCGAAGAUGAUUGCUUCCGGUUUAGUAGAUGAGUUUGUCGAUGGCCAUAAGCUAGGCAUGCUAGCUCUGAAGCACGACAUCCAAAUUUUACUGAAUAUGUAUUGCAAUGAUUAUAUGAACUAUAACGAUGGAACAUGCUGCAGUAGUGCUGAAUCUUAUACAAUUAUUCAGAUCAUUACAUACGCUUUGUUGGGAGUUUGUCUCGCUAUUGCAUGCGCUAUGAUUAUUCGUCGUUGGUUGUUGCGAUUUCGUGGUGCGAACAUAUACAUGCCGCUAAGUCAAACUGGUGUCCCGACAACUUCGGCAGAUUCGCAGUCUCCAAUUUUGGCGCUCGCUUCGUUGGCGCUCAUAAUGGCAUACUUCUAUCUUUGUGAUAGGACGAACUUCUUUAUGAAAGAAAACAAGUACUAUUCGGAAUUCAGCUUCUGGAUACCGGUUGGCUACGUUUUUGUUCUGGGUCUGUUUUUCACCGAAGACAGUAAGUUUACUAAAGUGCUGCAUCGUGAUCAAACUGAUGAACUCAAAGGAUGUAUGCAGUUGGUCAUUCUCAUCUAUUACAUGACCGGUGCAUCUCACGUACUGCCGAUCUAUAUGCACAUCAAGGUUUUGAUUAGUGCUUAUUUGUUUCUAUCUGGUUACUGCCAUUUCACGUAUACUUGGCAAACUGGAAACACGGGUUUAGUGCGAUUUCUGCACGUAAUGUUUAAAAUUAAUUUUCUCACAGUUGUGCUGUGUCUUUGCAUGAACCGGCCUUACCAGUUUUACUUUUUCGUACCGUUAUUAUCCUUUUGGUAUUGUAUGAUUUACUUUCUGUUUUCGAUUCCUCCUCGAAUAACAGCUCAGAGCUCAGACAAUAAUGCUUACCAAUAUUUGUAUGUCGUGCUUAAAUUUGUGUGCAUGUUAAGUGUCAUCACGAUUCUGUACAUGAGUGAAGUGUUUUUUGAACGGAUUUUUGUUACUCGACCAUGGAAAGCACUUUUUGUCACUACUGACGAUGAUAUUCAUGAAUGGUGGUACCGGUGGAAACUGGAUCGUUAUACCAUUACAUAUGGAAUGAUUUUUGCCGCUAUAUUCCAUAUAGCCCAACGUUACUACGUUUUUGACGACAACAACCAUGGAAAUCUUUUUUCAAGGCGCAUCUCUCUCACCUCAACGCUAGCCGCUAUUAUUGGAAUUGGUUUCUAUACCACUUGGAGUUUUUUCUGUCGUAAUAAACAGAACUGCGAGGAAAUCCAUUCCUAUGUGGUAUUCAUACCCAUAGUGAGCUACAUUGUGUUGCGAAACAUAUCGGGAAUCUUGCGCACUCGUUACUCAACGUUUUUCGCUUGGUUCGGGCGAAUUUCUCUUGAAUUGUUUAUUUGCCAAUACCAUAUUUGGUUGGCGGCUGAUCGUAAUGGAGUGCUCGUACUUUUGCCUGGCUUUCCUACACUGAAUGUACUAAUUACGUCGUUUAUUUUUGUUUGCGUUUCACAUGAAAUUCAUCGCUUAACGACGGUUCUUUUGCCCUAUGCAGUUCCCAAUGAUUGGAAGUUGGCCCUCCGCAACAUACUCAUUUUUGCGGUGCUUCUUAUUCCCAUAGGAAGGUACGACGGUAUGUUUUAGACAAAGCAUAAAAAUUAUGUGUAACGAAUAUCAUAGAAUAACAUUUAGAAUAAAAAGUUUAGUUGUUUUUGUGGUACAGCGUAGCUCCCGAUUUUUGUUGUUGCAUGGUAGCUGUCAUUUUACGUUUAUAUAAUGAUUAAGUCAACGAAUUUCCUUAGAUGAUAACAUUGCUAUGAAGCAUCAUCAAGUUGUUCGAUAUAAUUGAAUUUUGCACAAUUUUACAGAUAUGUAACAUAAUGCAUCAUUUGUUAUGGUUAGCAUUAAAAUACU